UUGAUAUGGCUGUGACGUAAAGCCAUUGGUUUCCGUGUUUGUGUUCAAAGAAAACCCACAAACCAAGAACAGAGAGAAACUGAAAAUACAAAACAAAACAAACGGCUCAAAGAACAAGUUGACUUUGAGAUCUGUUAUGCUGUUCUAUAUACAUGCAUGAAUAUCUGCUUCUGUAUCUAUAUAUCUGUAUAUUUAACUACAGGUUUUGUGCUUCUUGAACUGUGGUUUAGGUGGUGAAAGCUGCAAAAAUGGUUGGAGGUAGCAAAUGGAGUAAAGCGAAGAUGGCUCUUGGAUUGAAGCUAAAUAUGUGUCUUUAUGUCCCAAGAACCAUAGAGGACGCGCCAGUGGUGGCAUCACCGUCACCCCCGCCGCCGCAGCCUUCAGCUAGGAGGUUCUCGGAUGCAGUAUCUUUGUCUCCAACUCCGCCGCGAAAUUCUGAUUACGACCGGGUUCAAAUGCCGACCACUCCGACGCCAUCUUCCUCCGGCCUCCUCUUGCCUAAACACUCCUCUAAAUCUUCCAAGAAAACCUGUGCAAUAUGCUUGGCGUCCAUGAAACCUGGCCAUGGCCAUGCCAUUUUCACUGCAGAAUGCUCUCACACAUUUCAUUUCCAUUGUAUUACUUCUAAUGUAAAACAUGGAAAGCAAAGUUGUCCUGUUUGCCGAGUGAAUUGGAAAGAAAUCCCUUUUCAGAGUCCUACCACCAAUAUAUCUCAGGGGAGAGUGAGAAGGAAUCAUGCUUCUUGUCCUCAAAAUGAUGCUUGGACGACCGAUCAAAGACUACUCCCCCCUCCACGGGUGGACAUCAAUCGGCACUUUUCUUCCAUUUUUCACACUACGGAACCUGACAUCUUCGACGAUGAUGAACUUACUAAUGACCAACCUUCUGUCACUGACAAAACCUCAACCAGUAAUGACUUGACUAUUGGACAUUCUACUGGACUGAUAGAGGUUAAAACGUACCCUGAAUUUUCAGCUGUUCCAAAAUCAGUGUGCCAUAGUAAUUUCACUGUUUUAAUUCAUCUCAAAGCUCCAGUUAGUUAUGGAUUACAACAUUCUGGAAUAUGUGAGGGUGGCUUGCCAUUAGCAUCUCACACUUGUCGUGCUCCAGUUGAUCUUGUGACCUUGCUUGAUGUCAGUGGCAGCAUGGCAGGUACGAAGCUUGCUUUGCUUAAACGAGCAAUGGGGUUUGUGAUUCAAAAUCUAGGGCCUUCCGACAGGCUUUCAGUGAUCGCCUUCUCCUCCACUGCUCGUCGUCUCUUUCCUCUUUGUAAAAUGACCGGCAAUGGAAGGCUUGAAGCAUUACACGCUGUUAAUUCUCUAAGUGCGAGUGGCGGGACAAACAUUGCCCAGGGCCUUAGAAAGGCUGAAAAGGUGAUGACCGAACGCAAGUGGAGAAAUCCUGUUAGCAGUAUUAUACUGUUCUCUGAUGGGCAAGACACUUAUACUGUUAUCAGGCCUAAUGACGGCAAUACUUGUACUGCUAAUUCGUCGCUACUCCCAGUUUCUAUGCAUCUGAAUGAUGCUUCAAGUCUCCACAUUCCCGUACAUGCAUUUGGAUUUGGUGCAGAUCAUGAUGCAGUCUCAAUGCAUUCUAUCUCAGAAUCUUCGGGGGGGACAUUUUCUUUUAUAGAGGCGGAGAGUGUAAUUCAAGAUGCUUUUGCACAAUGCAUUGGGGGGCUUUUGAGUGUUGUUGUACAGGAAUUACAUGUGGAAGUUGAGUGCAUUAACCCCAUGUUGCAUCUCAGUUCAAUAAAAUCAGGAAGCUACAAGAACAGCUUAGCAUCGGAUGAAAGAAAGGGCAUUAUUGAAGUUGGAGAUCUAUAUGCUGAAGAAGAAAGAGAUUUUCUUGUAACACUGGAUAUUCCAGUCAAUGGAUCAAAUGAUGAGAUGUCACUGCUAAAGAUUAGAUGUAUUUACAAGGAUCCCAUUUCCAAAGUUCUGGUAACUCUAAAUGCUGCAAAUGACGUCAAAAUUCAAAGGCCAAUCGUAACUGGAACAAUAGCAAUUUCCAUGGAAGUGGACAAGCAGCGGAACAGGCUCCAAUCUGCAGAAGCCAUAGCAGAAGCUAGGGUUGCUGCUGAACGUGGUGAUUUAGCUUCUGCUGUGUCUGUCCUAGAGAAUUGUCGUAGAAAAUUAUCAGAAACUGUAUCAGCACAAGCCGGUGACAGAUUGUGUGUCUUGUUGGAUGCUGAAUUACGGGAAAUGCAAGAGAGAAUGACCAACCUCCAUGUUUAUGAAACGUCUGGAAGGGCUUAUGUUUUAUCAGGGUUGAGCUCACAUUCUUGGCAGAGAGCUACUGCACGCGGUGAUUCAACGCACAGUAUGAGCCAGGCUUAUCUUACUCCUUCCAUGGUUGACAUGGUAAACCAAUCGCAGACUAUGUUGUUUGGGGGUCCAUCUCCUCGAUCUCCAACGAGGCCAACGCAGUCUUUCCCUGCACGACCACAGCCAAGGUGAUUGCUAGGCUUGCCUAUGCAAAAUUUCCUCCAAGGUCCACCUAGUAGUACAUCAUUUUGUCGCAUACUUAUUUAUUUCUAUUUUCCUUUUUCCUGGACAACUUAAAAUUGAGAAGGUUCACAGAAGAUUCUGAAUUCAGGGGUGUGUUUCAACUUCAAAUGUAAAUGAGUAACAAUAGGGAGGGGUAAAAAGGUUUUAAGAAUAUGUCGAAAUGAUAUUGUAACUUGGGUAUAAAGAGAAGUGAGUUUUUUUUCUUUGAGAGCACAUGGGGGUAUAGCCUUGUAAUUGUGGGGAUACUGUGUUACUUUUGAACUCUAUAUAUGCAAGUACUGUGAUUUGAUUCUUUUAA